CAAACAGUUUCACUGAUGUCAGGACAUAAAGCAAAGCUAAAAAUCGUUACAUUUCAUACAGCAAGACACUGAAUGACGAGCUGCCUUAGACUUGCAGACAGACAAGCACUGGGGAGGCGUGAGAGAGUCGUCUCUGUGUGUACUUCCCUUUUUGCUAUUUUGCCGCUGCGCUCAUUGUCACUGGUGUCAGUGAAGCCCAGAGAGGUAACCUCUAAUCUGCAAAACUGUUCACUGAGGGGGAAAACGGGGGAAAUGGAUACGUUUCAGGACUUUAACCUGAGCAUGCUGCUUGAGGGAGGUGAAAAAAUAUCACUGAAAGGCCUGACGGACCUGCCCUGGUUCCUUGAGGGGAUGUAUGGUUUAGGUAAUGAGUCCAUGGAGGGAGACUGCUGUGACGAUGGCGAUGUGUGCAACCUGAAUGAGGCUAUGUCCUUUGACUCAGUCGCCAUUCCACUGCUUUACUCCUUGGCCUUUUUUGUGGGUAUUUUGGGUAAUUGCGUCCUGCUGGCAGUUCUGGUCCAAAGCUGGAGGAGAUGGAGCGUGACAGACACCUUCAUCCUGCACCUGUGUGUGGCCGAUAUCCUGUUGCUUGUGACGCUGCCCUUUUGGGCCGCAGAGGCCGCUCUAUCCGAAGGCUGGAUAUUCGGUGCUCCUCUGUGCAAAAUCACCGGCGCGAUCUUUACGAUAAACUUCUACUGUGGCAUCUUCCUGCUGGCCUGCAUCAGCUUGGACCGCUAUCUGUCCAUUGUGCAUGCCGCAGCCAUGUUCUCGCGCAGAACCCCUAGGGUCGUCCAGGCGCGCUGCUGCGCGGUGUGGCUCGUCUCCAUACUGCUCUCCAUCCCUGACUGGAUCUUCUUGGAUGCCAUCCAUGACGACCGACGGGAGAAAACGGAGUGUGUCCGCGACUACUUCAAGUUUGACCCCGAAUCAGUUGGAAACUGGCGAAUGGCGUCGCGCCUGCUCUACCACAUACUGGGCUUCAUUAUCCCGUCGCUAAUCUUGAUCUUCUGCUAUUCCUGCAUUCUCUACCGGCUGCGCUGUGCCACCCACAGCCUGCAAAAGCAGAAGGCCUUCAGGGUCACCGUGUCUCUGGUGGUGGUCUUUUUCCUAUGCUGGACCCCAUACAACAUCACGUUGUUGGUGGACACCGUUCAGACCGGCAACGCCACCAAUAGCUGUGGCGCGAGGAACGCCGUGGACAAAGCCAUGGUGGUAACCGCCUCCCUGGGUUAUCUCCACAGCAGCCUCAACCCCGUCCUGUACGCGUUUGUGGGAGUGAAGUUUCGACGUCAGCUUCUGGGCAUUUUCAGUUCUCUGGGCUGCAAGAGGAAAUCAGCUGCCAAACUCAAAUCUUCCUUCAUCAGCAGGGGGAGUUCUUUGUGGCCGAAUUCUACCGACAACUCCAACUCCAUUGUUAUUUGAGUCAAAAAGACUUCCGGGAUAUUUUUUGGACAGAGGACUCGAAUCCAUGUGUCGCUCCUCUUAGGAGUAUUACAUCAGAGGUGGAAAAAGUACUGAAAAAUGUAAUUAAGUAAAAGGAAAAAGGAAAAGUGCCCAUCUAAAAAAACUACUCAAUUAAAAAAAAGGGUUAAUUUCAAAUCGACUUUGAGUAAAAGUGACUUAAUUACCUUAAAUUACUUGUUGCAAAAAAAAAAAGUCAUACAUCCAAUCUGCAACUAG